AGGCGGUUGCUGACAGGUGGCGCCUGCGCAUUGGGAGCGCUCAUUGUGCCCCGCAGCUGCUGAGCUGCCCGCCCGCCGCCCGUUCGGCGCGUCAGUCGGCGAAGAGUCCAGUGGUGGGUGCGGAUCUUGAGAUCGUUCCCGCGGCCUCCUCUUCCUCCCCGUUCCCCUCACCCCUACCCAGUACCCUUUACCCUCUUCCCGGCUCCGUCACCCCCCCACACUCAAGACGAGAAUGCCCUGCCCGGAACAACCUAGCAGCACCUAGAUGGCUUUGGUCACGGUCCAGCGGUCGCCUACCCCCAGCACCACCUCCAGCCCCUGCGCCUCGAGCUCUCAUUUGGAAGACAGUGAAUCAGCAGCGAUACUUUGCUGUGAAUGUGAAGAAUCAGAAAUCUUUAGUGAUUUCAAUGAGGCAGACAGUGGGGAGGAGGAAUGCCGGUCACAGCCCAGAAGCAUCAGCGAGAGCUUUUUAACUGUCAAAGGUGCUGCACUUUUUCUACCACGGGGAAAUGGCUCAUCCACACCAAGAAUCAGCCACAGACGUAACAAGCAUGCAGGUGAUCUCCAACAGCAUCUCCAAGCAAUGUUCAUAUUACUUCGCCCAGAAGACAACAUCAGGCUGGCCGUAAGACUAGAAAGUACUUAUCAAAACAGAACACGCUAUAUGGUAGUGGUUUCAACUAAUGGUAGACAAGACACUGAAGAAAGCAUUGUCCUAGGAAUGGAUUUCUCUUCUAAUGACAGUAGCACUUGUACCAUGGGCUUAGUCCUGCCUCUCUGGAGUGACACCCUAAUUCAUUUGGAUGGUGAUGGUGGGUUCAGCGUGUCAACAGAUAACAGAGUUCACAUAUUCAAACCUGUAUCUGUGCAGGCAAUGUGGUCUGCACUACAGAGUUUACACAAGGCUUGUGAAGUCGCCAGAAUCCAUAACUACUACCCAGGCAGCCUAUUUCUUACUUGGGUGAGUUACUAUGAGAGCCAUAUCAACUCAGAUCAAUCCUCAGUCAAUGAAUGGAAUGCUAUGCAGGAUGUGCAGUCCCAUCGGCCUGACUCUCCAGCUCUCUUCACAGACAUACCAACAGAACGUGAACGAACAGAAAGGCUAAUUAAAACUAAAUUAAGGGAGAUUAUGAUGCAGAAGGAUUUGGAGAAUAUCACCUCUAAAGAGAUACGAACAGAGUUGGAAAUGCAAAUGGUGUGCAACUUGCGGGAAUUCAAGGAAUUUAUAGACAAUGAAAUGAUAGUAAUCCUUGGUCAGAUGGAUAGUCCUACACAGAUAUUUGAGCAUGUGUUCCUGGGCUCAGAGUGGAAUGCUUCCAAUUUAGAAGACUUACAGAACCGAGGGGUGCGGUAUAUCUUGAAUGUCACUCGAGAGAUAGAUAACUUCUUCCCAGGAGUCUUUGAGUAUCAUAACAUCCGUGUGUACGAUGAAGAAGCAACGGAUCUCCUGGCUUACUGGAAUGAUACUUACAAAUUCAUCUCCAAAGCAAAGAAACAUGGAUCUAAAUGUCUUGUGCACUGUAAGAUGGGAGUGAGUCGCUCAGCCUCCACAGUGAUUGCCUAUGCAAUGAAAGAAUACGGCUGGAAUCUGGACCGAGCCUACGACUAUGUGAAGGAGAGACGAACAGUGACCAAGCCCAACCCCAGCUUCAUGAGACAAUUAGAAGAGUACCAGGGGAUCUUACUGGCAAGCAAACAACGACAUAACAAACUCUGGAGAUCUCAUUCAGACAGUGAUCUCUCAGAUCACCAUGAACCCAUCUGUAAACCUGGACUAGAACUCAACAAGAAGGAGAUCACCACCUCAGCAGAUCAGAUUGCUGAGGUGAAGACCAUGGAGAGUCACCCAUCCAUACCUCCCGUCUUUGUGGAACAUGUGGUCCCACAAGAUACGAAUCAGAAAGCCCUGUGUACCAAAGAAAGAAUGAUCUGCUUGGAAUUUACUUCCAGGGAAUUUCAUGCUGGACAGAUUGAAGAUGAACUAAACUUAAAUGAUAUCAACGGAUGCUCAUCAGGGUUUUGUCUCAAUGAGUCGAAAUUCCCUCUUGAUAACUGCCAUGCGUCCAAAGCCUUAAUCCAACCUGGGCAAGUCCCAGAAAUGGCCAACAAGUUCCCAGAUUUAACAGUGGAAGAUCUGGAGACUGAUGCACUGAAAGCAGACAUAAGCGUCCACUUAUUGCCUAUGGAAGAGCUAACAUCUGGACUGAAAGACCUCCCCAUGUCCCCUGAUCCUGAGUCGCCAAGCCCCCAGCCUAGCUGCCAGGCUGAGAUUUCAGAUUUUAGUACAGAUCGCAUUGAUUUUUUUAGUGCCCUAGAGAAGUUUGUAGAGCUCUCUCAAGAAACCCGGUCUCGAUCUUUUUCCCAUUCAAGGAUGGAGGAGCUAGGUGGAGGAAGGAGUGAGAGUUGUCGACUGUCAGUGGUAGAAGCACCUCCUUCUGAAGUGACCGCUGAUGAUCAGAGAAGCAGCUCUUUAAGUAAUACUCCUCAUGCAUCAGAAGAAUCUUCAAUGGAUGAAGAACAGUCUAAGGCAACCUCAGAACUGAUCAGCCCAGACAUCUUCAUGCAUUCUCAUUCAGAAAAUGCAAUUUCAGUCAAAGAAAUUGUCACUGAGAUUGAAUCCAUCAGUCAAGGAGUUGGGCAGAUGCAGCUGAAAGGAGACAUGCUAUCCAACCCAUGUCAUACGCCAAAGAAGAGCACUAUCCAUGAGCUGUCCCUUGAGAGAGCCCAGGCCCCAGAGAAUAAAGCUGGGCAUAUGGAACAGGACGAAGGUUUCUGCACAGCCCAUCCUGAACUGCCCAAAGACUCAGGGAAGUGCAACCCAGAAGGCUGCAUAACCGUACACUCCUCCACAGUAGACGUGGAAGAAGAGGAGCCAACUGAAGGGGAACAUGAGCUCCGGGGCCCAGGCCUGCAUUCAGGUGCCAAGUGGUACCCUGGGUCUGUGAGGCGAGCCACCCUGGAGUUCGAAGAGCGUUUACGGCAGGAGCAGGAGCACCAUAGUCCUGCCACUGUGUGUACCUCAUUGUCCACUCGCAAGAAUUCUAAGAAUGAUUCUUCUGUGGCAGAUCUAACACCAAAAGGGAAAAAUGAUGAAGCCACCUCAGAAUAUUCAUUUGUUCCCAGGGAACCAGAAAUGAGCAAGGGCAAAGGGAAAUGCAGUAAGUCUGAGGCUAGUUCACUAUCCCAAUGUGAGCAGAAUGCCGUUGUUCCAGCACUCGAGCUGCUGGAGUAUCACCCGUUGACAGCAACUCAGGAGUACCCAGGGUCAGACAUUAGAACAAAGCGAGGAGUCCCAGAGGAGCAAAGAACUGUGGUUUCAUGCCAGGGGUCUGAGACGCAGGCCAUCCCUCUUCCCAAAAGGAUAGAAAUCAUUGAGUAUACUCACACAGUUACAUCACUCAGUCAAACUGGGUCAGAGGGUGAAGUAGCCACAAGGGAAGAGAAGGAAGAGCAAGGACUAAGAAAGGUAAAAGUGGAGAAGUCUGUCACUACGCUGUGUGCACUGGAUGAAAAUCUGAAUAGGACUCUGGACCCCAACCAGCUUUCUCUGCACCCACAAGUGCUACCUCUGCCUCAUUCUUCUCUGGAGCACGACAGACCCACCCACCCGACACCCGUGUUGAGCAUCCUGGAAGACAGAGGCAACAGCCCAUUGACAACCCUGGAAAUAACAGCACCUUUUAUCAGUCAUACAACCCACAUACCACCUGCCAAUUUGGAUUACCUGCAUCCCCAGACCAUGGUUCGCCUGGAAGGUUGCACAGAGCAAAGCAGCACAACAGACAGUGAGCCCUCUGCAGGACAGGUUAACUGGGAAGAAAGUCAGAAGGGCCAUCUCUCUGGUAGUGAUGAAGUACCACACAAGGGCUCCCAGUUAAAUAGCAAAGACCUAAGCAAACUUGGUGACAACAUUGGGGAAUUACAGAAAAAACUAGACCCAUCACAGGUAGCCUGGCAACUCACACAUAGCUCUAGUAGUGGAAAUAUAAAGGAUCUCAGCCACAGCCCGCUUAUGGUAAAGGAGUGUGCUGAAGAAGUCGAGUCCCGAGUGAUGUUCCAGGCAGGGAUCACCAAACCAUCCCACAUGAGGCGCUCGGCUUCUCUAGCCAAGUUAGGUUACCUGGACCUCUGCAAAGACUGUUUACCAGAGACAGAGUCUGUCUCCUCUGAAUCCCCUCAUCUCAAACUGCUUCAGCCCUUCAUCAGAACAGACUCAGGCAUGCAUGCCGUGGAGGCCCAGGAGCCCCCAGAAAACCCAGGUGCCUCCCAGAACCCAGAGCCCACUAAGUAUUUUAUAGAGCAACUCAGAACAACAGAGUGUAUUGCACAGAGCAAGCCAGUGGCGAGGCCCCUUGUGCAGUAUGCCAAAGAAUUUGGUUAUAGUCAGCAGUGUUUGCUCCCCGGAGCAGGACGAGAAUUGACUAGUUCUGAAGGAGGCCUUCCUUUGCUACAGACCCAGAGACUGCAGGAAGCAGGCCCAGCUCCAGGGCUGGCUGUGGCGCCCCGUCAGCAACAUGGCAGAACUCAUCCCCUUAGAAGACUGAAAAGGGCAAAUGAUAAAAAACGGACAACCAACCCCUUCUAUAACACCAUGUGAUUCUGAGCCUAUUACAUGUGAUUUUUCUAAAAGAAAUGUAUGUAAAAGGGGCAGGUGUAAUAUGUAAGGAACAUGCACUUUAUUGGUUAAUUUUAUAAUAUUUUGGUCAUUUUACUGUUCCUGGCGCAUGCAGGGUUUGGGUUUUUUUAGCGUGUGUGUGUGUGUGUGUGUGUGUGUGUGUACGCGCAUGUAUGAGGACAGAGAUUGAUUUGGACGGCAGGACCAUUUUAUCAUUGUUUUUUUUUUAAUUCAAACCUCAUUUUCAAAGAACACCUUUAUCAAGGCAAAUUGCUGUUUUUCAGUCACCUGCCACCUGCUCCUCAUUUUGCUGAGAAAAGGCAUGCCUGCUUGAUUGAGAGAAAGAAGCAGAUGGAGAGGGUGGCACUGAGGCUACAAAUUAGAAAUGUCCUCCUAGGCCUUUGUGAUGAUGGUUUCCAGACCUCAGGCAUCAGAUGAGCUGAAGGGCAGCCAGGACUUCAGAGUGCUCUCAGCCUUCAUGUCCAGCCCUAAUCCUUUGGAGUUCCUGAAAAAGAUACGUUCUGCAUUGCUUUACAAGGGAGUCUUCUAGAAUUCAUUUCUUUUGGUAUCGCAGAGUGUAUCAUUACAGAAAGGCAUGAUAAUAGUUGGGUCUAUAAAUUUAUCAAGCAAUUUCUUAUCCUUAAGAAAAAUUAAAAGGGAACACCAAAUGAAAGCUAAGAGUCUUCUGUAGAGGAAGACAUGACAAGAAGAGAGUGAAGAGACCACUGCCCGGUAACUUCUGGGUUGGUGCGUUCCACACAGAUGGUCAUCGUGGCCCUCCCUGCCAGAAAAUGUGCUCUGCAAGUGUCCCCUCAACGAAAAUGCAAUAGAGUCAAGUUUGAAAAACAGCAAUCAACAGUCCAUGUGUUCUUGUGAAAUGAAUACAUAUGUAGGGUUUUUAAACCCUUUCCAUUACUUGAAUAAUUCUGUGGGCCUUCUGAGUUUAAUGGCCAUAUUUUUUCCCAAUUUAUUUUCCUCUCUCUGUAUCCCCCCAUCCUGCCUAUUUUUUUAAUUUUAUAGAUUAUAUUUGAAUUGUUACAUUAUAUACAUAUAAUCUCCAUUGAAUGCAAAGUUUUCUGUAUUCUCGCUGUUUAACAAUUGACGUGUUUUUUAUCCUUUCUUUCCCUGAAAGGUUUGUUAUUUCUCUAAAGUAUUUAUGUAUAUAACGUCACUUUCUUACAAUGUUUUAUUGUUGAUGUUGUGAGGUCCUUUUCGAUUUAUUCUUUUAAAGAAGGAAUAGAGUUGCAACUGGAAAACACAUAAAGACACCAGAAAUAUAGCUGGUAGUUGUUGAUAGGAAUCUGCACCAUAUAUUGAUGGUGGUUUUCCUGCCAAAUUAUGCAUUAGUAACUCUCUCCUCAGAGAAACCCCUAAAGGUUCCCAUUAGAUCACAGUGUGACUAAAGGCGGAUAUCUGCUUGAGAAUAAAAGCCUAGAAUUUUAUUUGCCAGUAAUGAACCACAGCCAGGAAGUGUACAUGCAUUGCCCAGAACGGAACUCCUAAUGGAGGCUGAGGCCACAGGGGAGGUCUCUGCCCCGGGCAAGUGCCCAUAAUAACUAUGCUUAGGCUGCUGUUGCUUUGUGGCUAUGGAGAUCCUUAACACAGCAGCAUCUGCCAUAAACAAGCCUCCAAGGUUCUUACAAAAAGCAUAUUUAUCCUGGGAUGAAACACCUACUACAGUGCCCCUCACAACUGAAGGAGUUUGCAGAUUUGCUUCCUGUUUGCUUUGGUUGAUGUCCACUUUGCUCAGGGCUGACUGCGUACAAACUUGAGACUUAGGUUUUUGGUUCAUCACAGCAGUGAGAGGAAGACAUAUAUGCACAGACCUGAGGUGCUGUCACAGGCCAGAGUUUGGAGGGGACAGACAGUUGGGCAACCAAAAGGACACAAAAAAGGUGAACUGAGGCUAUUUGCAGGUGCUCCAGAGGAGCUAUGGAUCCACUUGGCACACAGAAGCCAUGGUUGGGUGUGACAUCACUGCCAGGAGGCAGGUUGGAAAGAAACCACCUGCUAAAAGAAUCUUUAUGGUGUAAUAAUUAUGUAUAUCUGUGCUGUCCUUCAGUAGUUUCCUUAAAUGUCCAAAUGUGUCAUCCACACAGCUUUGUGAUUCCUGGGUGUUUAUGUGUUGUAAAGUGUUCUGUUGGGUUGUAUAUAUGCCAGUGUGAGGAGGCUUGUCAAACAGGGUGAUGUAUUCUAGGGCUCAUCCAUCUAAACCACCCUGUCUUGUUGAAGCAGUUCCACUAGCAGUGUGAUGGGGAAAGACAAUGAACUGUGGCGGGAGUGGGGAAAGGAUCUGCACGGAGGUCAAGAGAGUGGCACCAGUAUCCCACGUAUUAAGAAGUACAAGCGGUAUCAACAGUGCGGCACUGUUCGCGCUCACCUGCCACCAUGUUUAGUGCUCACUCUCACUGCAUUUAACAGCAGUUGAAAGGCGAGGAAAAUCUAAUGCUGUGAAAAACACAAACUUUACCUUUUUAAAGAGUAGAGGGUACAGUCUUGCUCUGCCCUCCUUUUAUUUAAAUCAUAUUUUUUAGCAUUUAACUGACCUGCCUAAUUAAACAUCUUCUAUGUAGGGCCUAUAGGGCCAGGGAUAUAGCUCAGUGGCACAAGCACCUGUCUGCACAGGGCCUAUAAUCUACCCCCACCAAGGGGUUUGCCAGCCCCCUAAAACUCCACAUGCUUGAGUGCUCUUGAGUUAUGUGUACAGCUGAGCAACAUCCAAGGAAGGAAUCAGAAUAAGCUGAGGAGGACUCUUUAGACUUUUUCUCUUCAAACUUCUUGAAAACUUUAUGCGGCUUUUUUCCCAUUUGUGGUCAUGGAAAACCUAGGCGUCAGACGCAGGUUUGGUAAGUUAACAGAGAUGAGCAGAAAAAAGUUUGACCUUUUGUCCAAUACUUCACUGCUUGCCCAGUACCUCUUUGUUUUUCUCAAAGAUGGUCAUAGUCUUUCAGUAACUCUGGAGGAUGUGUGUGUGUGUGUGUGUGUGUGUGUGUGUGUGUGUGUGUGUUUAUGCAUGUAUACAAAGAGUUGACAUUUCAGUGCAUGGGUUAAAAAGCCCCAGGAGCACACAGGAUUGGAGCCGUGAUCUGGAUGGUUACCUGGUCAGCAGGAGAGAAAUCCCACCCCCUUUCUGCUUUUUGGAAACUCUUAGAAGUAGUGUAUACUAUAGUAAACAUACAGCGCUACAGUAUGGUAGCAUUCAUCUCUCCUCAUUUCGGUUGCCUUUCAAAUUCUAUUUAGAAUAUUUGUUUUGGAUCAUUUCUAGCAUCUUAGCCUCUGUAGUCUUUUCUGCUCUUGUCCCAAAUGGCAUUUUCGUUUUCUCAUUUUGAGAACUGCCAAGAGCUCUAAGGAGAGUCUGAUGGUGACAGCCCAGGCUCUAAGGUCCCCUCCUGCUCAUGGCUCCAGACAGAUGCUGUCAAGUAGACCCGAAGCUUCCUGCGAGAAGCUUCUGAGACAUACCAGCUCACAGGUGUCUUCAUCUGCUUCUUUGGAGGAUUUCAUCCUGAAGUGACCUAGGCAUGUUUGAUAAAAAUGUUUUGUGGGAAUUGUUUAUUGUUUUCCUAAGAAAGCAUUAUGCAAAAAGUCACUUUUAAGGGCAUUUUAAAAUUAAGCCAUCUUUUGGCUUUUUCCGAUAACUUUGUGGAUACUUUGUUUACAUUGUGAAUAUUAAAAUAUGCAUCAUCUUGUUGGCCACUCAGUCCUCCAGGCACUGAGGCCCUGACUGUCCUGUGAACCCUCACACAGCGCAAUGCCAUAAUGUCAGCCUUUGUGGAUAAGUGGUAAAACCUGGGGUUGACUCCCAUCUGUGUCCUUCACUCCCAUCCGGUAUUCUCUCUGGAAUAGUUGUCAUUUCCUCAGUGAUGAUGUCUUAAUAGUGAUGGUCAUAAUGGUGAAUGGCUAGUAUGGUUUUCGUUUGUUUUGCUUUUUGAUGAUAGAUAAGACGAAAUUUUAGUUGUUUCUGCACCAGUCCAACUUGAAAGCAUUGUGGAUUUUGAUUUCCCUUUCAAACUAAAAGAUCAAGGCAUGUAUUAGACAUAAGUGUAUUUGUUGCCUCAACUCACCUGACACCAUAUUAGGAAAAGACCUGCCACUGACGCAGGAGGCUGCACACGCCUAACCUUUCUCCCAGGAGUUAGGGUCCCUUGCCACUGUGGAGAGCUUUUGCAAGGUGCUUCUGUACUUUUCCAGCCUGGAAGUGGAGGGUGACUGGGCCUGGCUUCUGCUGUGAAAAGAAAACCAGCCUCAUCUUCUCAGUGCCCCAGAGACCUAGGACAGGAUUUCUAAACUGGAAUUAUCAUCCUUUAUCAGCCUAAGGAUCCCCCAAGAGGUAUAUGACUAGUGCUGCCGUCAGUGUCCUCACAGCAACGCUGGCGGCAGCAUCCUAUGCACAUACGCAGAGCUGAUACCCAGGGCUCCACUCAAGCUGAGGACGCAAACUGAAAACUGGGCAACACUGAAAUCUUUCCUAAUCAAUAAGCCCACCAAAAAGUGUUUGUUUCUUAUAUUUUGUUGGAUUUUGGUUUGCUUGGCAUAGCUAAAGGUGCCUUUUUUUUUGGUUUUCUUUUGUACUUUAUUUUGUAGGACUUGUUCUAAACAUGGAAAACAAGUCCAGAAGACUCCCACUGACUGUUACCUUUGCCCUAGUUUUCCCUCAACUUUUAUGCUCACAUUUUAUUAAAUAAAGCAGGUGCUCCCUGGAAUCUCUGGGACCUUUUUGAGGCAUUUGAAGCAGAAUAUAGAGUGGUCUCAUCUCCUUCCUUAAUCUUCCUGGUGGUUGGGAUGUUCCACUUGUAUCAUAGUUUUUUUAUUACUGAUGUGCUCUGCUGUUUUUAAAUGUGAACUUGUGCGCAAAUGUGCAGAUGCAAUGUUCUUGUUACAGACUGAAUAAAUUUUUAUUUUGAAGAUGAAA